UUCUCCAAGUUACAAGAGAGAGUGGAGACAGCAGAAUCCCGGGUGUCUGUUCUGGAGACUAUGAUUGACGACCUUCAGUGGGACAUCGACAAGAUACGUAAGAGGGAGCAGAGACUCAAUCGCCAUUUAGCAGAUGUUCUGGAACGAGUAAAUUCCAAAGGCUACAAGGUGUAUGGAGCUGGGAGCAGUCUCUAUGGGGGUACAAUCACCAUUAAUGCCCGCAAGUUUGAGGAGAUGAAUGCUGAGCUGGAAGAGAAUAAAGAGCUUGCUGGGAAUCGCCUUAAUGAAUUGGAGGAACUACGGCAGGAUCUUGCGGAAGUGACGGCACAGAAUGAAAAACUCAAGGUGAGACAUCUGUACCUGUUUGAGGCAGCUGUGAAGGAGACCCCUGAAUAUCGCUGCAUGCAGUCUCAGUUCUCUGUUCUGUAUAAUGAGAGUCUCCAGCUGAAGGCACAUCUGGAUGAGGCCCGCACGCUGCUCCAUGGCACCCGUGCCACACACCAGCGCCAGGUGGAACUAAUUGAGAGGGACGAGGUCAGCCUCCACAAGAAGCUACGCACAGAGGUGAUUCAGCUAGAGGACACCCUGGCACAAGUCCGCAAAGAAUAUGAGAUGUUGAGGAUAGAGUUUGAACAGACACUUGCUGCCAAUGAGCAAGCAGGCCCAAUUAAUCGGGAGAUGCGUCACCUCAUCAGCAGCCUCCAAAAUCACAACCACCAGUUGAAGGGAGAGGUGUUGAGAUACAAACGCAAACUGAGAGAGGCCCAGUCUGACUUGAGCAAGAUCCGCUCUCGCAGUGGUAGUGCUCUCCUACAGUCCCAGUCCAGCACAGAAGACACAAAAGAGGAACCUCCAGAGAUCAAGCAGGAACCUGAUGAUCCUUCAGCCCAAGUGUCUGUCCCCAAGGCUGCUCCUGAAGAGGUCAAUGAAAUGAAGACCAGGCGAGAUGAAGAAGAACGGGAGCGUGAGAGACGGGAGAGGGAACGAGAGAAGGAAAAGGAGAAAGAGAGAGAGCGAGAAAAAGAGAAAGAAAAGGAAAAGGAACGAGAGCGGGAAAAGCAGAAGCAGAAGGAAUCGGAGAAGGAAAGGGAGUCCAAAGAGAAGGAGAAAGGGAAGCAUGAAGAUGGAAGAAAGAAGGAGGCUGAAGUGAUCAAGCAGCUGAAGGCUGAGCUCAAGAAAGCCCAGGAGAGCCAGAAGGAGAUGAAGCUGUUGCUAGAUAUGUACCGCUCUGCCCCCAAAGAGCAGAGAGACAAAGUGCAGCUGAUGGCAGCUGAGAAGAAGGCAAAAGCUGAGCUGGAAGAACUGAGGCAGAGGGUGAAAGAACUGGAAGACAAGGAAAAAAAGGAGAGUAAAAAGAUGGCUGAUGAGGAUGCCCUCCGGAAGAUCCGAGCAGUGGAGGAACAAAUUGAGUACUUGCAGAAGAAGCUAGCCAUGGCUAAGCAGGAGGAGGAGGCCCUGCUGUCAGAAAUGGAUGUCACAGGCCAAGCCUUCGAAGACAUGCAGGAGCAGAACAUCCGCCUGAUGCAGCAGCUGCGGGAGAAGGAUGAUGCCAACUUCAAGCUGAUGUCAGAACGCAUCAAGUCCAACCAGAUCCACAAGCUGCUGAAAGAGGAGAAGGAGGAGCUGGCAGACCAGGUUUUAACACUGAAGACGCAGGUGGAUGCCCAGCUGCAGGUUGUACGUAAGUUGGAGGAGAAAGAGCACUUACUGCAAAGCAGUAUUGGAACAGGAGAGAAGGAGUUAGGCCUGCGAACACAGGCCCUGGAAAUGAACAAGCGCAAGGCCAUGGAUGCAGCCCAGCUUGCAGAUGAUCUGAAAGCCCAGCUAGAGCUGGCACAGAAGAAAUUACAUGACUUUCAGGAUGAGAUUGUGGAAAACAGAGUAACUAGAGAGAAAGAGAUGUUCAACUUCAAAAGGGCUGAGGAGGAUAUUUCUAGGUUGCGCAGGAAGCUGGAAACCACAAAGAAGCCUGACAUGGUUCCCAACUGUGAUGAGAUACUGAUGGAGGAAAUCAAGGAUUACAAGGCUCGGUUGACCUGCCCCUGCUGCAAUAUGCGCAAGAAGGAUGCUGUGCUCACAAAGUGCUUUCAUGUCUUCUGCUUCGAGUGUGUGAAGACACGCUACGACACGCGGCAGCGUAAGUGCCCCAAGUGCAAUGCUGCCUUUGGUGCCAACGACUUCCAUAGGAUCUACAUUGGUUGAUUGUUCCCACUGGAGUGACAGAAAGUUGCUGCUUAUGCUGCCCCCCCUCCCUCCCUUUCUGUGGCUG